CCUUUUAGGUUGUUGAAUUCUGUAAUGAAAAAAACCAUAAUCAAGAAGCUCCAAGCCUACAAAACAUAAAGUGCAAUUUUAGAAGUACAUGGGAGGUGAUCAGCAAUUCUGAGGACUUUAAAAACACCACACCCAUGGUGACAUCACCUUCUCCACCUGUCUUCUCAUUGCUGAAGAUCAGUCAGAGAAUUGUGUGCUUAGUUCUUGAUAAGUCUGGAAGCAUGGUGGGUUAUAACCGCCUGAAUCGAAUGAAUCAAGCAGCAAUACAAUUCCUGCUGCAGACUGUUGAAAAUGGAUCCUGGGUGGGGAUGGUUCACUUUGAUAGUACUGCCACUAUUAUAAAUAAGCUAAUCCAAAUAAUAAGCAGCAAUGAAAGAAAUACACUCUUGGAAAAGUUACCUACAUAUGCUCAGGGAGGAACUUCCAUCUGCUCUGGAAUUAAAUCCGCAUUUCAGGUGAUUAGAGAGCUAUACUCCCAACUCGAUGGAUCUGAAAUAGUGCUGCUGACUGAUGGGGAGGAUAACACUGCAAGUUCUUGUAUUGAUGAAGUAAAACAAAGUGGGGCCAUUGUUCAUUUUAUCGCUUUGGGAAAAGAUGCUGAUGAAGCAGUAAUAGAGAUGAGCAAUAUAACAGGUAAAACAUGGUUCAUU